AUGGCGUUCCUACUCUAUGUCGGCUACUUUCUAGCCGCAUACAUCGCUUUGACACUCUUCUUCUACAUGCUGUCCCCGGUAAUACCCAAGUCGGCUUUCGUGGCCCGCGUACUGGCCUCGUACCUCUCCUUGAUCAUCAGCUCGGCAUAUGGCGUUCUCGCUUCCAUCGUCUUGCGCGCCGUCGGCCUCAACCAGCUCACGCAAUGGACCGUCGCCCGCAGCUUCAAGCACAUCAUGGGCUUCUCCACGGGCGUGACCUUCGACGUGGAGGAUCCCGGUAACUACCUCGAAACCGUCCGCCCGGCCGUCUUUCUCGGCAACCACCAGACCGAACUCGACGUGUUGAUGCUGGGCUGCAUGUUCCCCAAGUACUGCAGCGUCACGGCCAAGGCUUCGCUCAAGAAGGUUCCCUUCUUGGGCUGGUUCAUGGCCCUGAGUGGCAGCGUCUUCCUCGACCGCGCCAACAGCAAGGACGCCCGCCAGGCCAUGCAGGGUGCCGCCAACGAGAUUCGCGACAAGCGCCAGAGCGUCUACAUGUUCCCCGAGGGUACGCGCAGCUACUCCAAGGAGCCGAUGCUGCUGCCUUUCAAGAAGGGCGCCUUCCACCUUGCCGUCCAGGCCCAGGUGCCCAUCGUCCCGGUCGUCGUUGCCAACUACAGCCACAUUCUCUGGCCCAAGGGCCUUGUGUUCAACAACGGGCGGAUCCCCUGCAAGGUUCUCGACCCCAUCCCCACGACCGGCCUCACCGCCGCCGACGUCGACGAGCUUGCACGAUCGACCCGCUCCCUCAUGCUUCAGGAACUCUAUGCGCUUACCGAGAAGGCGCGAGGGCAGAGCGUUCCCAGGCGUGAAGACGCGGGCGUGAACGGAGUGGCAAAGGCCACCGGCACCGAUGCGAGAGUCGCGGCCUGA